AUGGACCGCCGCCACAGCUACGCUUCGCUCGCGUCGACGAGCGGCACACGGCGCCGGCCGCUGCCGCCGACGCCGCGGGGGCCUCGCGUACCGACGCGGCUGCCGAGCGCGCCGUCGCCUGCACCGAGUAUUCCGGCGCCGAACGCGCCCCCGUCGUACGCUUCGGUGCACACGCCCAGCGCAGACGCCAAGCCGCGGCGGCACUCGGGGAAACCGCUGGCGUGGCCGCCGGAAAAGCACGAAAGCCUCGAGCACGAUAUGCUGCCAGUCUAUACGCCUCGGCCGCAGUCGGUGUCGGUAGAGAAAAAGGCGCCGGUCGAGCUGCCGCCCGAGGAAGUGCACGACAUUACCGCCGAGCUGCUUCGUGGAACGACCGUCGACAUGGCGUGCCUUUCGCAGAUUGCGCAGCUUCUCUUGUGCAUCCUGGAACGCAAACCUCUCAUCAAGGGAAGUAUCAUUUACCCUCUGAGCUUUACCGGGCGCAUGGCCAUCCAGGCGAUCACCGACAUCCUGGGCCAGUACGCACAUACUUCGGCGCAAUUUGGCGCAGAGAUUCCCGAGGCAAAUGCGCACUAUAUGGCGAUGAGCAUUGCGCGCUCGCUCAAGACGCAGCUAUUCAUCCACGAGGCAGACUGGGAAGACCACCCGCUGAGCGCGGGCGUCGACGAAGUGUACAUGUUCUUUUCGGAUUGCGCAAACAAUGACAAGGUCGACGGCGCGGCUGCAAACGCGCGCGAGAUCCACGGCACACUGUUUGAGCGCCGCUCGCUCGAUGCCGUCGGCCUCAGCGCGCAGGCAGCCGCGGCGUGCGUCAGCACACAGACGCACGACCUGCCGACCGGCGUCUUUGCGCCCAUGACACGCUGCUACAGCCCGACGUGUGCGCUAAACACCUCGCCGCGUUUUACCUGCUACGUCCCAAGCUGUCCACGCGCAGGACGUGCGUGGAACGCGUCCGAUCUGGACGUGGCCGAUGCCGUCGACGACGACGACGUCGGCGACGUCGGCGCCAAGGCGUGGGUCGAGCUUGUUCCUCCAGAGCUCGUCCAGUCGCUCCCGCGCAAAGAGGUGGAGCGCCAAAACGCGCUGCACGAGAUGGUGCAGAAAGAAGAGAGCUUCUUGCGGGAUCUGCAACUCAUCGACACGUUUGUGCAUCGCCUGCGUGCGCUCGCCGACUCGUCCGGCGUCGGAAUGGCGCGUGCGGCGCCGCUCUCUGGCGCGGCGCUCGAAACCUUUAUCGAGGUUGUGUUUGGCAACUAUCUCGAGCUCACGACGCAUAUUGCCGCGUUCGUCGACCGUUUGUGCGAGCGCGAGCGCGAAGAGCAUCCGAUGGUGCAGACGAUCGGCGACUUGUGCGUCAAUGCGGCGCUCGAGUGGGGCUCGGCAUACGCGACGUACGUGCAGCACUACCCCGUCGCGCUCUAUACGCUGAAACGCGAGAUUGCCACGAAUGCGCGCAUGGCCAAGUUUGCCGACGACUGUCGCCGCGAUCCGCAGGCGCACCGCCACCCUCUUGAUAACUUUUUGUUCCGCCCGCCGGCGCGCCUACAGCGCUACCAUCUGCACCUUGAGUCGAUUUUGAAGUACACCGACCCGAUGAGCCCCGACCAGGAGCAGAUCCUGCUUGCGACUGAGAUCAUCGACGAGCAGUGCAAGGUUGCUCAGGCCGGCGUCGAGGCCGCCGAGCAGCGCCUACAGGUCCAGGAACUCGCCGGUGUCCUCGAGGCAAAGCGCCCGGACAUUUUCGUACCGCUCAACCUGCACCUGCCCGACCGCAAGCUUGUGCACCAAGGCACCGUCUAUCGCCGCCCCGACGGCUUUGAGUUCGAGUGGACCGAGAUGACGGCGAUGCUCUUUGACAACUACUUUGUGCUGGCCAAGCGCAAGCGCCCUGUCGAUGCGCCGCCGGAUGCGACGAUUGAGCCGUCAAAAAUGCGCCUCGUGUACUCUAAGCCGCCGAUCCCUGUCGCACUGCUCGACUGGUCGGGCUUCCACGACCCGUCGCUCUCGCGUGGCCACCUGAACCGCCGCCUGAUGCCGGGCGACAUGACCGAUAUGUUUCCGUUCAGCGUGCGCCACCGUGCGAGCCGCGAGGCGUUUACGCUGUAUGUCGCUACCGCGCAGCAGCGUGCCGAGUGGCACCAGAGCCUCACGGCAGUCGAGCGCAUGGUCGCUGCACACGAUGCAAAGCAUGCCGUGAUCCGGCGCACGCCGCUGUCGGGCGACACCUUUGCCGCCGGUGCACUGCAGCCUGAUGGGCUGCCGCGCGACGUGCCCAACGUGCACCCCGAGGUGACGUGCGCCGCGCCGUUCCGCCUCGAGGACCAUACGCAGAUGCUGGCUGUCGGCACGAGCGACGGUGUGUGGAUCGGUCUGUAUGGCCAGGUGCACUCCUUCCACAAGGUGCUGCACCUGCGCGGCGUCACGCAGUGCACUGUUCUGGAGCGCUUCGGCCACUUUCUCGUGCUGGCCGACAAGUCGCUGAUUGCGUACGAUCUGCAGGCGCUCGUGCCGAGCAAGGCGACGCCGCUGAGCUUUGCGCCGCAGAAGCUGAGUGGCAACCGCGACGUGCUCUUCUUUGCCACGGGCUACGUCGGCGGGCGCGAGCUGCUUGUGUAUGCCAAAAAGAAAACCAGCGAGACGUCCAUCCGUGUCCUCGAGCCAAUCGAGGCGGGGCCGGACAGUGAUGGCCGCCGGUUCCUUAGCCGGCGGCCGUCCGAGACCUUUUCGCGGUUCCGCGAGUACAAAAAGUUCUAUGUCGGCUACGAGGCGACUGGCGUGCAGUUCCUCCAAACGGCGAUUGCUGUGUAUACCCACCGUGGCUUCCAGACGUACAGCCUCGAGACCGAAGCGCUCGAGCUGCUGCCCACGGCCAAGUCGGCCACGCGCGACGAUACGCGCGCCUGGUCGCUGCUCAAGCAGCUCGAAGGACAGCGCCCCCUCGGCAUCUUUCACCUUCCCGACCAGCACUACCUGCUCUGCUUUGAGCGCUGUGCGUGUUAUACGGAUGCUGCUGGGCGCCUCGUGCGCACCGACGCUGCGUUCGAGUGGCAAGGGCGCCCCCUACGCAUCGCAUGCACUGCUGAUACGAUCCUCGCGUUCUCGUCGACGUUUGUCGAGGUGCACCGCCUCACGGGCGAGCUGCUGCAGGUGAUCCCCGGCAGCGACAUCCGCCUGCUCUCGCGCCCCGACAAUGCACAGCUCAGUGCCAGGCCCGUGCUGAUGGUCGAGCAGGUGCCGUCGGCGGCGCUCCAUGCGCAGGUUCAGCUGGUGUCCGAGCUGCGACGCGCAGAUUAA